AUGUCUCAAAAUAGUCAACUCUCUAUCAAAAAUCAGAACCAGUGGGCUUCCACUAGUCUGCCCGCACCUCUGGAAGGAGGCCAUCAAUGGCUUUACCCAAGAUUGCACUUGUUAAAGAUGCCACUGGAGGUUCGCCUCAAGAUCUUUAACGAGUUAUGGGAAGGGCGAGAUUUCGAUUUGCUCAUGUUCAUCAAAGACUACGGGGAGAGGCAUAAUGAUGAGAACCCAUUCACUCUUGCUCUCAUGCACUUUAUUCACUUCAACAAGAGUUCCAAGACCCACUGGCCUAAUAAAAAGAUUCCUUGGGACAAAUACGCAGCGUGCCUCUGGAGAAUCGAGCAGCUCUGGUUUCAUCAACGGCUACAUGGAGGUACCAAUAACAAUAAGAACUAUUUCAGCGUCUACAACCUGAUGAGAUCUUGCAAGCAGAUGUGGGGAGAGGGAAGCCUUGCCUACUGGCGCCAGAGGCGAUUGCAAGUCGCCAUCACCAGGGAAUUUGGUGAGAUUCCGCACGGAGACGAGGAAGCAUUUCUGAUGCCCGAUUGCACAAACAGCAUACUUCUUGGCGGCAAUAUCGGAGAGAGCGUCAGGAUCUUGACGCUGAGGUUCGAUGAUAAAGUCUUGAAUUGCCGUGUGCCGCGUUGCUACAAUGUGCCCGGAGUGGUUACCUGCGAACGCCACUCUGAUGAUACCUUUACACCAAAGCUCCGAUGGGCUCAUGAUACUAUUAUGAAGGCCUUCAGGCUCUUCACCAACGUCACUUGCCUUGAGCUUCUCAUCGAAAACAGACGCGUCUACAACUUAUAUAACAAAAUGGGAACGUUUGACGAGAUUUUGAAGUAUAUUAAAAAAGAAAGGCCGCUGAUUAAAGUCGUCCGGGUCAAGGGCGGCCCGUGUGCAGAGCUGGUGAAGCAAUGGAACCUUGAGCUCGAGGCCUCUGUUUCUGGGACGGCCUGGUCCAUGAGCCCUUGCGUUCCCACUUGCAAUAAAAAGAUAUACAAGAAUCACGUUGAGAAAUUCGACGCAACACCACGAGAGGUUGACCAGCGUCCAGACUUUGCCUGA